AUGACGGCCAUUAAAAUUCCCCUCGAGAAAGAUACGGCUCUGGGACUUGAGAGAUUGUCGGCUGAAGAGCGUCUGGAAGAUGGGUCGUCUGUAUCCCAGUUCGACCCGACGCUCGAGCGAAAGACAGUCCUCAGACUGGAUCUGCUCUUGGUGCCGAUGAUGUGCAUGAUCUAUCUCCUUGCGUUUCUGGAUCGAUCCAAUAUAGGCAACGCCCGUGUCGCAGGCCUCCAGAAGGACCUAGGUAUAACAGAUUACCAGUAUCAGAUUGCUAUCACGGUCACCUACGUCCCAUAUAUCGCCGCCGAGUUGCCCUCGAAUCUCGUCUUGAAGACGGUCGGGCCGCGGUUGAUGCUGCCAGGCAUGUGUCUCUGCUGGGGCAUCGUCACGGCACUGCAAUCACAGGUGCACAACUUCGGAGGCUUGGUCGCCUGCCGCUUCUUCCUCGGGCUGCUAGAAGGUGGUCUCUUCCCCGGCAUCGUGCUAUAUCUCUCUGGGUUCUACCGGCGCCACGAACUCCAAGUCCGAAUUGCGCUCUUCUUCUCUGCCGCUGCCAUGAGCGGCGCCUUCUCCGGCCUGCUUGCAGCUGCUAUCAUACAAAUGGACGGAAUUGGUAACCUCUUCGGAUGGCAGUGGAUAUUCCUCCUGGAGGGGCUGUUUACGGUGGUCUUCGGCAUCUUCGCCUUCUUCGUACUGCCAAAUACGCCGCAUCAAGUCCUCACAUUCACCCCUGAGCAAGCCGAUCACUGCAUCCGCCGACUCGAGGCCGACGGACCGCCCGAGAGCGGGAAGUUCAGCUCCAAAGCCAUGCUCUCCGCCUUCAAAGACCUACACAUCUGGCUCAACUGCCUCGCCCUCUUCUGCAGUGGCACCUGUCUGUUCGGCCUCGCGUACUUCACGCCCAGCAUCGUCCAGGGCCUCGGCUACAGCCAGACGCGAACACAACUGCUCACGGUCCCGCCCUUCGCCAUCGCCUUCUUCGUCACCAUGGCCGCGGCCUACAUCGCCGACAGGUACCGCUGCCGCGGCCUCACCGCCAUCGUCACCUUCUGUCUCGCCGUCGUCGGCUUCGCGCUGUUCCUGACCGGGACAACGAUUGCGGUAAGAUACACGGCGCUGUGCUUCAUGGUCACGGGCACCUACUCCUCCGCUCCGAGUCUGAUAAGCUGGAUUCCGAAUAACACCGCGGCGCACACACGACGCGCGACCGCUAUCGCGAUGGGCUUCGUUUCGACCAAUGUGGGCGGCAUUGUCAGCACGUGGAUUUACCCCAAGACGUCUGCGCCGUAUUACAGGUUUGCGGCGAGGUACAACCUUUCUCUCGUGUGCAUCGCCAUUGCGUUGAUUGCCGGAGAAGUGGCCCUGUUGAGGUGGAUGAAUCAGCGGAAGGAGGAGAAGAGAAAGGACUUGCUGCAGGGUGUGGAAGGCUUAUCACAUGAGGACCAGUUCAACGAGCUGGGAGACCACCAUCCCGAUUUCAGAUACACGCUCUGA